UGUGGCCAGAGAUUUUCUUCUUUCUUCUUAGAGAUGAAAAGAAAAUAGUAUAACUUUGAAAUGUGUACCUUUGGGGAAAACAAAUAAUUGCUGUCGCCCUACAGGAAUAAUAUUUCCAUAUCGCAGAGCUAUUCUGAACAAAGUGCAUGUCAUCGUUGGAGAAUUUGUUUCUGCAUUUAGAAGCUGUGUUUUAAAUAGAUUUGUAAGCGUAUGGGAUGUCAGCACUGCACACUUGAGUUUGGAAACUUUUCCCUGGGCUGCACUGUCUUUUUUUCUUGGAUUUAUGUCAUUCCUUUGUUAAGUUUGUCAUCUUUCGCAGCGGAAUGAAAAUUUAAGCAGUUUUAUAAAAAAUAUCCCGAGUUCACUUCCUUUGUUCGCGCGCAUGACGUCGAUGUAACUGCACAACUUGAAGAAAUGUAGUCGUCUGGGGUUUGAAAAACGGUGAUAUGACAAGUUUCAUUUCUGUUCUAUGCCACGUGACCAAACGAACCCACUCUGGAUUUUACUGUCAAAUUCCAAAAACGGUCUUGAACAAAAUGCAUGGAUUCUCACAGGCUGACACAAUGAUGAAAGAAUGUGUGUGCAUGCUGGUGUCGUUCAGAGGAUAGCCCCAAUGCUACUGAAAAUUUUUUAUCUUAAGGCCUCAAAGCAUUGCAAAGAAUGAGAAGAUUGUGGAAUUGCCUCAAACUGAGACAUAUGAUAUUUAUCGUUUUAACGCUGGCACUUCUUAUAUGUUGCUUCAGAAUCACAAUAGUAAAUGAAGGAGAACAGGAAACAGGACAGUCUGAGAGGCCGCGGCUGACGGUGCGAUAUAACAUUAAUUGCACAGCAAUAUAUGAAAUGGAACCAGUGGAAUUGGGCAAAACUUUAGAAAUUCGCAAGCAAAAAAGCUACAUAGGGCCUACCGAUGAGGCUGUUGUGAAUGCCACCUCUGACUGUGAUCAGUUUGUUAUGUCAAGGGGCUAUGAUAAGAUUCAAGGCUCUGACUUUGAGCGUGAAUUUCCCCUCGCUUUUUCUUUGGUCGUUCACCAGGAUGCGGCUCUUGUGGAGAGGUUGCUAAGGGCCAUUUAUAUGCCGCAUAACAUAUACUGCAUACAUUAUGAUCUGAAGUCCUCACAUGACUUUAUUUCAGCAAUGAAAGGUUUGGCCCGCUGCAUCCCCAACGUCUUCAUUGCCUCAAAAUUGGAGAGGGUGCAGUACGCAGGAAUCUCACGACUCAAGGCGGAUCUUAAUUGCUUGUCUGACCUCCUAUAUUCUGAGGUCAAAUGGAAGUAUGUCAUCAACCUCUGUGGUCAGGACUUUCCACUGCGGGCAAAUGCUGAGCUGGUGUCAGAUCUAAAAGAGCUGAAAGGCAGGAACAUGGUGGAGAGCAAGAAGCCUGGAGGAAAGACAGGUCGCUGGAGUGUUCAUUAUUUACUAAAAGAUAAUAACUCACAGUAUUAUGAGUCUCCUGUAAGCACCCCUGAGAUGAAAUCUCCACCUCCUCACAACAUAGAAAUGUUUGUGGGCAGCGCAUACUUCACGCUUUCAAGAGAAUUUGUGGUUAUUGUUCACCAGAGUUCGCUAGUCAGGGAUUUCUUGACUUGGUGUGAGGAUACAUACUCACCUGAUGAACAUUUCUGGGCAACUCUGAUUCGUGUGCCUGGAGUACCAGGGGAAGUACCAAGAUCGGAUCCUGAGAUCUCAGAACUGAUCAGUAAAACCCGCCUGGUGAAGUGGUCAUAUCUAGAAACGAUUCUUUAUCCACCAUGCACUGGAGUCAGUAUACGUUCUGUAUGUAUUUAUGGUGCUGCUGAGCUCAGAUGGCUGCUAAACUACGGCCACUGGUUUGCUAACAAAGUCGAUCCAAAAGUGGAUCCUGUUCUUACAGAAUGUUUAGAAGAGAUACUUUCAGAAAAAUAGCCAAAAUUGCAGUGAGAAGGACAUAUUUUUCAGGAUUUGUAUAACUUACUUUGAAAAUGCACUUGUUUUGAAUGUACUGUAUGUAUAUUUGUGUGAUUCAGUCAGCACGAAGUGCAAUCCUUAGUUUUAGGGUUUGAAAGGCAUUUGAGCAAAGUUAUGAAUGAAUAGUUCACAAAAAGAAAAAUAACAAAUUAGAUUAAUAUGUAUUGAUUUCCAGGCUAUCCAAUAUGUAAAUGAGUUUGUUUCUUCAUCCAAACAAAUUUGGAGAAAUUUGGCAUCACAUUACUUGGCCACCAAUGGAUCCACUUCAGUAAAUGGGUGCCGUCGGAAUGAGAGUUCAAAAAGCUGAUAAACACAUCACAAUAAUAUACAAAUAAUUCACAUAACUCCAGUCCAUCAGUUAAAUUCUUUUGAAGUGAAAAGCUAUGUGCUUAUGAGACAUUAAAUCCAUCAUUAAGGCAUUUAAAUCUUGAAAAAUAAGAGUCUGUAAUGCAUAGAUGCGUCCUCUAGUGAAAAAAAUCCAUCCUUUGUUGACUUCCCACAUCAAAUCCACUGUCAUAUUUGUUUAGAGCUGUUUUAAACUUGCAGGAGGAUGGCC